AUGUUUUUCCUGGCCUACACGUACAAGGCUCCUAUAGCUCAAACUUAUGGAAAACGUUUAGUAAGGAACAUAGAUGAGACCCUGGAUCUGAAAGGCUUGAAACAAUGUAUAAGAGAAUGCGAAAGAAGAGGGCGAUGUAAGGCCGUCAAUCAUUGCCGGACGAACCUUCAAUGCGAACUUCUACGGGAAUCUAUCACGAAUAUCUCGGAACUUGAGGAAAACGACAGUUAUGUAUUUGUAGACAUGGAUUUGCAGACGACAGUAUGUAAAGGUCAGAUGUGUCAAUUUUGCAAUUGCAGUUCUCUUGGUGGAUUAUUAGCGAUAGUUAUCUUUUCAGUGAAAGACUGUCCUCUGAGUUUCCGAUACUCCAGUACCUUAAACUUUUGCUACAUAAAAGUCGAUAAUAGCGAUGAAUUCGAUGGCGCACAGGCUCAUUGCAAGAGCAUAGGAUGUCGUCUAGCUGUUCUUCUAACCAUGGAUCACAUAAUGUUUUUAAUUUCAGAAUGGAAUGCUGGGUAUUUGACAAACAACAAGUACAGAAUAGGUGGUCAGUGGAACUCUGAAAGAGCAGAAUGGCUCUGGAUCAACGGGAACUCUGUAUUCGAUUCUGAUCACCUUAAUAAAACAGACACCGACGUAAAUUCGUACCAAGGAGAUUUAUUGUGGCACAGUACUUGGAAACUCCGAGACACAAAUACCGGAAACGGAGAACAUUAUUUGUGUGAAAAGGUACUGUAAACGCAAAGCAGGCAUAUGGACGAAUA